UCUCACGAAGCCAAUCUUGCACCGUCUUGCCAGUAAUAUCGGACGAUGCCCUAGGCUCAUUCAUCAACUGCCAGGAAAAAAUGGCCGGAUCAUUCUUGUAUAGCAUCUCACUGAUGGUGUUCGUCCUAGUAAUCAACUUCGUCACCAGUGCCUUGUACCAGUCCUUCAUGUCCUCAAUACGGAAGAAGUCAUCUGUUUCUUCGGCCGAGGAGGGAGGCAUUGUCGAGGAGGGAGGAGUCGAGGAAGGAGGAGUCGAGGAGGGAGGCGUCGAAGAGGGAGGCAUCGAGGAGGGAGGAGUCGAGGAGGGAGGUGUCGAGGAGGGAGGUGUCGAGGAGGGAGGUAUUGAGGAGGGGGGUGUCGAGGAGGGAGGUGUCGAAGAGGGAGGCGUCGAAGAGGGAGGUGUUGAGGACAAAGGCGUCGAGGAGGAAGGCGGUGAGGAGGGAGGCAUUGAGGAGGAAGGAGACGAGGAGGAAGGAGUCGAGGAAGGAGGAGUCGAGGAGGGAGUUGUCGAAGAGGGAGGCAUCGAGGAGGGAGUCGCUGAGGAGGGAGGAGUCGAUGACGGAGCCGUCCAGGAGGGAGGUGUCGACGAAGGAGGUGUCGAAGAGGGAGGUGUUGAGGAGGAAGACGUCGAGGAGGAAGGAGACGAGGAGGAAGGAGACGAGGAGAAAGGAGUCGAGGAAGGAGUCGUCGAGGAGGGAGGUGUUGAAGAGGGAGGCAUCGAGGAGGGAGGAGUCAAGGAGGGAGGAGUUGAUGACAGAGUCGUUGAGGAGGGAGGUGUCGAGGAGGGAGGUGUCAAGGAGGGAGGUGCCGAGGAGGGAGGUGUCGAGGAGGGAGGUGUCGAAGAGGGAGGUGUUGAGGAGGGAGGCGUCGAGGAGGGAGGCAUCGUGGAGGGAGGCAUCAAGGAGGGAGGAGACAAGGAGGAAGGAGACGAGGAGGAAGGAGUCGAGGAUGGAGGCUUAGAGGACGGAGGCUUCGAGGAGGGAGGCAUUGAUGAGGGAGGAGACAAGGAGGAAGGAGUCGAGGACAGAGGUUUCGAGGACGGAGGCUUCGAGGACAGAGGCAUCGAGGAGGGAGGCGACAAUGAGGAAGGAAACAAGGAGGAAGGAGUCGAGGACAGAGGCUUCGAGGAGGGAGGAAUUGAGGAGGGAGGAGACAAGGAGGAAGGAGUCGAGGACGGAGGCUUAGAGGACGGAGACAUCGACAAGGAGGAAGGAGACGAGGAGGAACUUGAAGGAGAGGGAGGCACUGAGGAGGGAGGAGACAAGGAGGAAGGAGUCGAGGACGGAGGCUUCGAGGACGGAGGCUUCGAGAACGGAGGCUUCGAGGAGGGAGGCGACAAGGAGGAAGGAGACAAGGAGGAAGGAGCCGAGGACGGAGGCUUCGAGGACAGAGGCUUCGAGGAUGGAGGCUUCGAGGAGGAAGGCAUUGAGGAGGGAGGAGUCGAGGACGGAGGCUUCGAGGACAGAGGCUUCGAGGAUGGAGGCUUCGAGGACAGAGGCUUGGAGGAGGGAAGCGACAAGGAGGAAGGAGUCGAGGAUGGAGGCUUCGAGGACAGAGGCUUUGAGGAGGGAGGAGACAAGGAGGAAGGAGUCGAGGAUGGAGGCUUCGAGGACGGAGGCUUUGAGGUCGGAGGGUUCGAGGUCGGAGGGUUCGAGGUCGGAGGCUUCGAGGAGGGAGGCAUCAAGGACGGAGGCGUUGAGGAUGGAGGUGCGGGUGCUGGUUUGCAGGGCUUGCUUCCGGGCUUGCACUUGGAAAUUACCGAUUGGAUGCUGCAGAAGAAGACGGACUUUAUCGAUUUGGCGGGUACCACUUAUCGCACCGAGUUUAAGCCGUGGUUGACUCAUGCCGAAAUCCGUGAUUGGAGGCAGUUAGUGGAUCAGAAUGCGUUCUGGGUAGUAGCGGUUGGAAUCCCGUUGGACGAAAUGCCGUUCAUCCAUGUGCACAUCGAAAAAGCAAUCGGGAAGAUCAUUAAGCAGCUCAAGCCUGAGGCGGACGAUACCGAUCCGAAACUGGUCAAUUUGAGGUUCGACAUUGACCCCGCAUGCAGGGGUAACAUGAAGGACAAGUUUGCGGUGCAAUAGAAAAAAUUCCCAGAAUUAAAUAACCAUUCUAGAGUAAAAUUAUAUUAUAAAUUCCAAAUUUUCAUUCCAUCUUAAAAAAUGUCAUUCCAAUUUUAAAAAUUUUCGUCUUACUUGAAAACUUGCCUUCCAAGAAUGGUGUAUCCCUUCUUAUUUGAACUGCAUGUUAGAGAUGGAAUGAAAGUCUGGAUGAGUUCAUGAAAUAUUUUAAUUGGGCUGCCAUUCUAAGUAAGGAUUUUCAGUCAUAAAUAAGUUAAUCCAAUCUAAAUUAGACGAUAUUUGUUGUAGCAGAAUGAAAGCCUAAUUAAAAC